AACGUUCAUUUGUCGACACUUCGACCGUCUACUUCCCCUUUUUCCGUGUUUCAUCUCUUCCUCUCUCUCGGACGAUAUAAUUUUCAGGCAACGUGAUCGGGCUUUUGCUUGCUGUGGAAGUGAGGAAUCAUGUGGGUGGAGGUUGUCUGCGGGUUGGUGAUCUACAAGCUAUUCCGGCUGUGGGUCGCCGGAGAGGACGACGAGCUCGACGACAAGUACGAAUCCAACGUCCACUUCGUCGUCGCAGAGAAGAUUGAGAAGAUCUAUGGGGGAAAGGUGUACGUUGGGCUUCGAAUUCCGGACGACGAUAAUGGGGAGCGCAGGAAUGUCGAUAUGGUCCUUGUUUCAAAAGGGAAGGAAGUGAUGGUGAUGACGGUUAAGAAUUUGCAUGGGUUUGUGGAGGUUGGCGAUGAUCGUAGCUGGAUUUGCAGAAGCAAGGAUGGCAGCCGAGAGCGGCAUCCUGAUCCGGUAAUGGAAAUGAGGCAGCAAGUCUCAACACUUGAAUCUUACCUGGAAAAAAGAGGUGCUGUUUUGCCAAGUGGAUAUUUGAAAGGCAGAGUGGUGCUUCCUAAUCCAAGUUGCAAGACCUCUCAGUCAAUAUCAGUUCAUCCUGAAGUUAUUGGUUUCGACAAAUGGAAUGAACUUAGGCCUGAUUUUCGGGCAGGCUUUUCUAAUUGGGUAAAGGAUGCAUUUCGUGGAUCCAAGGGUGAUUUGCAGAAUGAAACCAUUCAAAAACUUCAUUUUAUUCUUGGGACUGCACCAAUGUGGGACAGAUUGGAGCUUAGAAGUGGUAGACAUGUUCUUGGAGAAUUUAUUGAAUUUAAAGGAAAAUCUGCUGAUAUGCAAAAGCUGAGAAAUUUGAAGAGAUCUAAAGUGAACAGGUUCAUUAUCCAAAAGUCAACCGUAUUUGGCUUUCUAGGUGGGUCUGAACAUGUGGUGCAAUAUAGUCUCCGUGAUUACCGUAGUGAAGGUUCUUCUGCAUCUGAGCUAAAAGAAAUCACAGUACACAAUAAAACUGAGCUUAUAUUUCAGCCAAUGAACUCAAAGAAAAGUAUGAAGUUUAAGCUGUCAAAGAUAUCGUCUCUCAUAUUAAGUGCGUGAAAAUUGCCUCUCUGUUUCUCUGGCAGCAUGUAUUGAAUUACAGCUUAAACUUUUAAACUUGUUAAAUAGAAGCUGGCACAUCGGGUCCUCCAAAUGUUCAGAUAUGUGCAUGUGAGAUGCAUCAUGUGCAAAGGAACACAAGGCCACUUGACUUUUCUUUGUUAUUAUAAUGAAGCUGAUUUUGGUUGAAGAAAGUACUGCGAGGAGCUUUGGAAUUUCCCAAAGUUAGUGACUACAGCUAUCAACCCUUGCCUGGAUUUCUGGUUGUUAUGAGUUGGUGGACGAAAUAGUAAUACCAUCUUGCUUACAAGAGUGUCUGUUGAGCUAGAAGAUUAUGACCAAGCAUUUGAAUGGAAUAUAGGUACACAGUACACUAGUUUCAUGAUUAAAAUGCAUAGGAUUUAUCGUAUUAGUGGACAAUGUAAAGUGUUCUAAGAAAAUUUCUUUAGAUGAAGACUUAUCUUUGUGUUAUACCUAGUGUACCAUCUUGCUUAUUAAAGAGGCUGUUGAGUCGGACAUUAUGGCCAGGACACUUUUAUCAAAUAUGUGUAGAGUACAAUUGUUUCAUAAUUAGAAUGCAAAUGAUUUGGUUCUCCAUUUUGUCAUGUUGGGGAACAAUGUGGAGUGUUUUGGGAGAUGAUUUCUUUAAAUGAAAUUUGGGCCGUGUUUGUGUUGUGA